UCGUCAUUGGACUCGUUUAAGUCGAUUGUUUUGAUUGUCUGUUAUGCUCGCAAUGAAAGGCAGGCCCUUUUGGGGCUGAAUUGAAGGUGUAGUUGGAAAUGUAGAAAGCGCAGGGAAUCAAACGGGCCAAAAAAACAAAAAAAAAGGCAUACGUUCAGAUUUGGAAAAUGAAAAACAACUUAGCAGAUACUUUUUUUUACCAUAUCACAAGAUAGCUUGUUUGAUAGAAAGAGACAAUCAAAGAAACAUUGAAUCAUGGCAGUCUGUGGUGGAGGUCAAAAGACCAUUCAACGUAAAAUUGUUAUUCUUGGAGAUGGUGCUUGUGGUAAAACCUCUUUAUUGAAUGUUUUCACUAGAGGGUACUUUCCUCAAGUGUAUGAACCAACUGUGUUUGAAAAUUACGUUCAUGAUAUCUUUAUUGAUGGACAAUCGGUUCAAUUAUCGUUAUGGGAUACUGCUGGACAAGAAGAAUUUGAUAGACUUAGGUCGUUAUCAUAUUCCGACACCCAUUGUAUUAUGUUAUGUUUUUCUAUUGAUUCGCCAGAUUCAUUAGAAAAUGUUCAAUCCAAGUGGGUUGGUGAAAUUGCUGAUCAUUGUGAAGGGGUUAAAUUAGUUUUGGUUGCUUUAAAAUGUGACUUGAGAAAUAAUGAAGAUAAUGAUAUCGAACAAAAUAGUCCUGAAGAUGAUUCUUAUCAACAAUCAAAUCCUUAUCAAAAACUGAAGAGACUCAUUAGUUACGAAGAAGGUUUACAAGUUGCUCAAAAAGUUGGUGCUUUAAGAUACUUGGAAUGCUCUGCUAAAAAAAAUAGAGGUGUCAAUGAAGCCUUUUCGGAAGCUGCUAGAUGCGCUCUUAAUGCUAAACCAAAAGGUGCCAAUGAUAAUGAACCAGAAAAGAAAGGUUGUAUAAUAAUGUAACCUCUUUAUCAUUUCGUUUUAUUUUAUAUUCACUUCUUAACAUUUAGCUUUCUUACCCCC